AUGCUCACCUCGGCUGCCUCCGUGGCCCCUGAGAUGGCUGGCCGGUGCCCCCCGGGGCCCCCGGGACCGCCCCCACCGCUGCUGCCCAAGCCCGGGAAGGACAACCUGCGUCUGCAGAAGCUCCUGAGGAAGGCAGCCCGGAAGAGGACGAGCAGGGCCGGGCCGCCUGCCCCGCCCGGGCCUUUCCGCACGUCCUUAUCCCCCGUGAGCGAGGCCGGCCGUGACCAGGAGACCCUGGCCCCGCGGCCCGCGGAGGCGCCACGGGCGGUGGCCACCCUGCCCUGCUCCCCCCACACCCGCGUCAUCCACCACGUGGCGUCCCCCCUGCAGAGGUCCACGUUCUCCUUCAGCCUCACCCAGCACAGGAGCCUGGCUUCACACUCCAAGCCCACGGGGCCCCGGCUCGCAGACCCGGUGCCAGAACCUGCGCAGUCCCCCUGCGGCUUUGCGCAGGUCUCAGGCCCCACCGUGAGGGGCACCCACAUCAGCCAGGUGCACUUCCGCCGGGCACCGUCCCCGCAGGCUGGGACCCCUGAGCCCUCCCCAGUGGCCCCGGAUGGUGGGCCUGGCGACCGGGCCCAGGGCACAGCCAUCCGCCCUCCCAGGGCUCAGCCCCUGCUGCCUGUGGUCCGCAUCCACUCACCGCCCGCCAGGGCCCAGGCUGCCAGCCCUCGGCACGGCGAGCCCUCUGUGCCCAGGCCGGCCCCCGGCUUCCAGGCCUCGGGGCCCAGAGAGGCCAGCAGCCGGGUGGUGGUGUCCAUUGCCCCCACCUACCGCUCACCAGGACCCUCGCCUUACAGGCCGGCCUCUGUGGCCCCCGAAGCUGGGCACCGGGAGAACCGCCCCUCGGCCGGCCCUGCCGCUGAGGCUGAGCAGGUCUCCAGCCCCCGCGAGGCCUCAUCCCCUGCCCCACGGUCAGGCCCCCACCCGUGCCCUGUCCCCAAAGUCGCGCCCAAGCCCCAGCUCAGCGGCUGGACACGUCUCAAGAAGCAGCUGCUGGAAGAGGCCCCCUUCCCGGAGCCAGAGCCGAGCCCGGGGCACGCGGGGCUGGGAGGGGCAGCCCCCACUGUCUCGGCGCCCCGGCCGGCCCCCGCCUCACGGUCCUCCAGGAUGUGGGACGCAGUGCUGUGCCGCAUGUCCGUGGCCGAGUCCUGUGGCGGCCAGGUGGGGCCCCGGGAUGGGGUGCGCGCCCCUCCUGGCCUCAGCCGCCUGCCCUUCCUUUGCUGGCCUCGCUUCAACGCCCGGAAACUGCAGGAGGUGGCCGCCCAGCCCCCUCCCACGCGCUACCCCAUCCCGGCCCUGAGCCCCCAGCCCAAGAACUUCAAUCGUUCGGCAGCUGGCUGGAGGCUCCAGUGA